CGAUCGGUUGACAUCCCAUCCCGGCUGUCUCUCCGGCGAGCAACUGGGAGCAUGAAGGUAUGAGGUGUUAUGCGUGGCAGAAAAACCUUCCAUUGCAAAGUCUGUUGCACAACUGCUGUCGAACGGGGGGCUUAGAACGGUUGCCACGCGAAACAAGUACAUUAAGAAUUAUUGCUUCGACCAGCUUCUGAACGGCCAACAAUGCCAAAUAGUCAUGACUGCCCUGCUGGGCCACCUGAUGGAGUCAGACUUCCCUGCCGAAUAUCGUAAUUGGAAAGCGGUUCCACCUAUGGGAUUGUUCGAUGCUACUGUUAUCAAGUCUGUGCGAGAGGAUUUGAAAACUAUAGAGGAUAACCUCAAAAAAGAGGCGCGAUACGCGCAAAUGCUCAUAAUAUGGACCGAUUGCGAUCGCGAAGGAGAGAAUAUUGGUGCUGAGGCUGCAGAAGUUUGCAAGAGUGCGAAUCCUCGCAUACAAGUCAAGCGAGCACGAUUUUCGGUCAUUCAGCGUCGUGAACUGCAGCAGGCAUGGAACAGUCUUGGGGAGCUCGACAUGCGUCAAGCUGCUGCGGUAGACGCUCGAGCAGAGUUGGAUCUGCGCAUUGGAGCAGUGUUCACUCGCUUUCAAACUCUUACCUUGAGAGGAAUGUUCCCUGAGCUCGGCGAAAAUAAAAUUCUGAGUUAUGGAUCAUGCCAAUUCCCGACUUUAGGAUUUGUGGUUGACCGCUACAUGAAGGUCCAACGGUUCGUACCGGAAGAUUUCUGGAAGAUCGACGUAUCCAUUGAGAAGGACGGGAGCACGGCCAAGUUCGACUGGGGGCGCACCCAUCUAUUUGAUCAACAUUUCACGUUAGUCCUAUAUGAAAAGUGCAUGGAUAACCCAACAGCGACAGUGGCGAGCGUGAACACAAAGCCCAAAUCGAAAUGGGCACCUUUACCGCUGACUACGGUGGAGUUUCAGAAAGCCGGCUCGCGAAUACUGCGUAUCAGCUCUGAUCGCAUUAUGAGUAUAGCCGAGCGGUUAUAUCAGCAAGGAAUAAUCAGUUACCCACGAACAGAGACUGAUGUGUUUGCAGACAGUUUCCAACUACACCCUCUUAUAGAAGCCCAAGUGAACGAUCCAAGAUGGGGCCAGUAUGCACAAGGGCUGCUUGGUGGAAGAUUCAGGCGUCCACGAAAGGGAAAGAACGACGAUCAAGCUCAUCCUCCUAUACAUCCAGUCAAAGCCGCGCUGGAUUUGACUGGUGACGAUCAGCGGGUUUAUGAGUUCAUUACGCGCCGCUUUUUGGCAUGCUGUUCAGAUGCCGCCAAGGGCAAUGAAACCGUAGUGGUUGUCCAUAUUGCUGGUGAACAGUUCACCGCGAAAGGACUCAGUAUUCUUGAACGCAAUUAUCUGGAAGUAUAUCCCUACGACAAGUGGGCUGAACACUCAAUUCCCAACUUCUACCAAGGAGAACAGAUAAUGCCCUCGGAGUUGACAAUGACCAGCGGCAGAACAUCUGGGCCGGAUCUCUUGACGGAGGCUGAUUUAAUUGGCCUUAUGGAAAAGAGUGGUAUAGGCACGGAUGCGACAAUUCAUGAGCAUAUCAAAAAGAUUCUGGACAGGGAGUACGCAAAUAAAGAAAAUCAGUUCUUUUGCCCAACUGUGUUGGGCAUGGCCUUGAUAUCUGCCUACGACGAGAUGGACUUGGAGCUUUCAUUGUCGAAGCCAUAUCUCAGGAGUUUGAUGGAGGCCAAUAUGAAAAGGAUCUGUGAAGGAACGCGAUCAAGAUAUGACGUUGUCCAAGAAUCACUGGAAAUGUACAGAGGAGCAUUUGCCAGAGCGAGCCAACAAUCUCGUCGACUGAAAGAGGUUGUUGGGAGAUAUCUCAGGGGUGGCGACCGGAACCAUACAAUACCGCAGAUCCCUCCGACAAGACCGCCGAGCAGUCCUUCAGAUGGCGCUCCGUACACAGUCCCUCGACCGACUGCUGGAUCGCGCCGAACGGCGGGAAGGCAGCCCGAUAGUAGCACCACAUCUCAAGGUCGUUCGAGAGGCAGGGGUUCUCGCGGAUCGCGUGGAUCAACGCGGGCACGCGGGGCCACGCGGCGGCAAGCUGGAACUUCUUCAUCUGAUACGCGGGCCGAUUACACCAGAAAUCGAUCCAGCGAUACAUCCGAUCCGAAGCCCAAGUGCGACUGCAAUCUGUACGCGGCUAGAAGGACAUCCCGAAAGAAUAACGAAAAUCAAGGUCGUGAUUUUUUUACAUGCACAAAGGCAGGGGCGAAGUGCAGGUUUUUUGCCUGGGCAGAUGAGUGGAGUGCAAACAAUACCAACGGCAGAUAACAUCUGCUCUCUCAUGCACAUAGAUAGACUCGUAAAUAGAACCAUUGUAUAUAGAUAUUUAAAUACUCCUUUCACGCAGA